AUGCUUGCUAGAUUUGUAAAUUCACUGCCAUUUGGGCUUUCUCAACGAAUAACUAAACUUUACUUUCAAGCUUUAGUUUGGAAUCAACGCAAUUCACAUAGCCUCCAGGAACAUCACGAGUACACAGCUAUGGAUGUAAAAAUACUACCCGCUUUGCAAGACAAUUAUAUGUAUUUAAUAGUAGAUAAGGCUACUAAAGAAGCUGCUAUUGUAGACCCAGUGGAGCCCCAGACUGUAUUAAAAGCUAUAAAGGAUCAAGGGAUCAAAUUAACUACUGUGCUGACCACUCAUCAUCAUUGGGACCAUGCAGGUGGCAAUGAAGAUUUAAUUAAAUUACAGCCGGGAUUACAAGUAUAUGGAGGAGAUGAUCGAAUUGGGGCUUUGACUAAAAAAGUUCAACAUAAGGACCAAUUUAAUAUUGGUGAACUAAAUGUUCAAUGUCUGUUUACUCCUUGCCACACUUCUGGACAUAUUUGUUAUUUUGUUACGACUAAAGAUGGGAGUGAUUUAGCUGUGUUUACUGGUGACACAUUAUUUCUUGGUGGAUGUGGCAGAUUUUUUGAAGGCACAGCAGAACAAAUGCACAAAGCACUGAUAGAUGUCUUGGGAAGUUUACCAGACCAAACCAAAGUUUUUUGUGGCCAUGAAUACAGUUUACAGAAUUUGAAAUUUGCAGCUCAUGUUGAACCAGAAAAUGAAGAUGUGAAGAAGAAAAUUGCCUGGUCUCAGAAACAAAGGGAAGAAAAGAAGCCUACAGUUCCAUCUACAAUUUCUGAGGAGAAACUUUAUAACCCUUUCAUGAGAGUAACAGAACCAGCAGUUAUGAAACAUGCAAAGAAGAAUGAUGCUAUAGAGACAAUGAGAGCUAUUCGUCUUGAGAAAGAUAAUUUUAAAGGU